CGUCAAAGCGAACCAAAUUCUGGUAUUGAGCGAGUAUCACGGAGUGGCAAUAUAAAACGUAUUGUUACAGAAACAAUUCAUCACACAAGGCUGCUGAGGUGAAGCGUAUGUGAAGGUAUCGAACCUGUGUCCGGUUGCUAUAGCUGCGGGGUCGUGCUGUACAUGCGCACAGCUAACGGGCUCUGAGCGCUAACGUUAGCCGCUGCUGGGCUAACUUAGCUGGGCUCUUUACACACGACCUAGCGGUAGCAGCGGGACCGGGAGCGGCACCACGGAGGGUCAAACACAGCAGAAAGACCACCGAUAUCCACGCAGGUAACUCCCUCUGUGCAGCUGUUGGAGCGUCCUGGAGCCGCAAUGUUGAACCCAGCCAAUGGAGACCCGAGCCACGUUGUUGUGAAUUAUGUAGAGGAGUAUUUGGACCUGGUGGAGUCACUACCUUUUGAUUUGCAGAGGAGUGUGUCCCUCAUGAAGGAAAUUGAUGCCAAGUAUCAAGAUGUUCUGAAGGAGCUUGAUGAUGCUUAUGAACGGUAUCGCCGGGAGUCGGACUCACUUCAGAGGAGAAAGCUUCAGUUAUCCAUUCAGAGGGCGCUGAUUCGCAGUCAAGAGCUCGGAGAUGAGAAGAUCCAGAUUGCUGGUCAAAUGGUGGAGUUGGUUGAGAACCGAACGCGACAAAUAGACUGGCACUCUGAACUUCUCCUCUCCUCCCAAGAAGUCCCAGAGAGCCACGUUCCCACAACAACGUGCAUGACGACCACCGCAGCGUCCAUGAUGUCGUCAUCUUCAUCGGCCACCAUCACUCCAGGCAAAACCGGCCACCAUGACAAGAAGCGCGACGAGGUUACCCCAGGCUCAGGCGGCGGGGACAAGGCUGGAGGGAAACGCUCAAGACGUCAGAAAAAUGGCGAAAAUCGGGAAAGUUACGGGGGUCUGGACCACACGGAGGAAGUGGGUCUGGGGGCCUCCCGGGAAAAGAGAGCCAAAACAUCUUCCAAGAAGAAGAAAAGGUCAAAAGGGAAGUCUGAGAGAGAAGUGUCCCCCCCAGACCUGCCCAUCGAUCCAGACGAGCCAACGUACUGCCUGUGUGAGCAGGUGUCCUACGGCGAGAUGAUCGGCUGCGACAACGACGAAUGCCCCAUUGAGUGGUUUCAUUUCUCCUGUGUCGGGCUCCAUCAUAAGCCCAAGGGGAAGUGGUACUGCCCCAAGUGUAGAGGAGAGAAUGAGAAGACCAUGGACAAGGCCUUAGAGAGGGCCAAGAAGGAGAGGGCAUACAACAGGUAGCUCGCUCUGUCUGGCCCAAUGAACACUGUUGAGUAAAUAUGUAUUUUUAUGUCCCGCCCUUGUUUCCAUUUACUGUCAACGCUGUUUUAAAAAGUAAAAAAAAAAAGAUGAGAGGGAACUUGUAAAUAGUUAUUUUUAUAACUGCUGCAUAGCUGAGAAACAAGAUCGCUCCCUCCUGGUUAGGAUCAUUUGUAAAGAAUGGAUUUAGUACAAUACAACCUGCAUGUAACCAGCUGUCAUGCACUUCCCCCGUUGUUGUCAUCAUGCAUGCACACUCCCACUCCAUCACAUAUGCUCAAUAAUAAAUAAAACCUUUCUAAACAAA